AUGUCAGGAAUCAAGAUAAACUUAAAGAAGAAGUCUCAAGGAAUAAACAAACCAACAAUAGCUAACAACAAACUAACAGGAUUUAGUCUAAAAAAGAAGCAAAAACUAAUUAUCAAAUCCAAAGGAUUAUUAAAUAAUGAUGAUUCAGAUGAAGAAAGCGAACCCACUAAAAGGGAAAUAGAUUCAUUUUCCAAGGAUACACUUACUCCAGAAGAAGUGGCCGUAGUAAUAAAACACGAAAGUAAAGUCAAAAGAAUACCGAACAAAGAGGAAAUUGCCAAUGCUCAAGAAGCAGAAGCCAAGGAAACCCAACUAAAGUAUGGUGUAACUACAUUUGAUCAACAAUCCGGCAGGACCCCAACAACCUCAUCAAAGACAAAAAUACGAUCACGAAACGAACAAAGAUAUCAAGGGGAUAAUACAUCUGAUGAGGAGGAAGAUUUUAAGUCGGUUCCAAUUGGUGAAUUUGGGGCCGCAUUUCUCAGAGGAUUGGGAUGGGAUGGUUCUGAUGAUAUCGAUAAGAAAACCAAGGAGAAUGAGAAGGAGAUUGUACUGCAUAGGCAGAGAGGUCCUACUCUUGGAAUUGGUGCCAAAGCUAUAGAUAGUGAAUUGUCGCAGGAUCUCAUGGGUAACAACUUUGAAGUUCACCUUGUUAAGAGAAAGAAGUGA